AUGUCUCAUAUACAUGAUACCCCCCCGCCAUCCUCCCCAAGUCUGCCUACCUCGAUUUCCUCUCCACCCUCACCUACAAUCAUCAAACCAACAGAGCUGUCACCAAAAACCCUCCGUCGAAUGCUCCACCACGAAUCGGAUGUCUUGAUCGUCGGAGCUGGCAUCCUCGGCACUGCCCUUGCCAUCACGCUUGCCCGUCCCCCACACUCUCGCUCCGUGACCCUCCUCGAAAAAUCUCUUAAAGAGCCCGAUCGGAUUGUCGGCGAACUUUUGCAACCUGGUGGUGUCUCUGCGUUGAAAGAUCUAGGUCUAGAGGAGUGUUUAGAGGGGAUUGAUAGUGUGAGGGUCAAGGGGUAUGAGGUCAUAUAUUACGGGCAAGGGGUCGAGAUUGGGUAUCCGGGCAAUACUGUUGGGCAGAGGUCAGAGGGUGAUGUGGCGGGAGGAAAGAACCUGAGACGGGAGGGAAGGAGUUUUCACCACGGCAGAUUUAUACGAAGAUUAAGGGAAUUGGCCACGAAAGAACAGAACGUAUCGGUUGUGGAGAGCACAGUCACGGAGGUAGUCAAAUGCGAGCACACAGGUCACAUCCUGGGCGUGCAAUGCCUGAACAGCUGCGGGAAAAACGUCUAUUUCGGCCAAUUGACUGUUCUAGCGGACGGGUAUGCUAGCAAAUUUCGGAAGCAGUAUAUCUCUCGGUCCGUCGUUAGCAAAAGUCGAUUUUGGGGCUUGGAACUUAUCGAUGCUGUCUUGCCGAAACCACUGCAUGGGCAUGUGAUCCUCGGAGACGGCGCGCCAGUGCUGCUGUACCAAAUCGGAUCAAGAGAAACAAGGGCUCUGGUUGAUGUGCCCGAGGGUUUGGAUACUGCCAGUACGAAGAACGGUGGCGUAAAGAGACAUCUGAGAGAGGUGGUCUUGCCAAGCUUGCCAAAGUGCGUGAAGCCCUCGUUCGAGAGAGCACUGGACGAGGGCAAGCUGAGAAGUAUGCCAAAUUCGUUCCUGCCCCCGAGCGUCAACCGGUUUCCUGGUAUGGUGAUGCUAGGAGACGCUAUGAACAUGAGACAUCCCCUGACUGGCGGCGGGAUGACUGUCGCAUUCAAUGAUGUGGUGCUGUUGAAGGAGUUAUUGAGCCCAGAAGUGGUGCCGGAUUUGGGGAACACUAAGCUUGUGUUAAAGCAGAUGGAAAAGUUUCACUGGAGGAGAAAGGGUUUGACGAGUGUUAUCAACAUACUCGCACAGGCACUGUACUCUCUCUUUGCUGCAAAUGAUCCUCAACUCAAGGCUCUGCAGCUGGGCUGUUUCCGUUACUUUCAAUGCGGCGGCCAAUGCGUCGAUGGUCCAGUCGGACUGCUUGCCGGUAUUAUUCGCCGGCCACUUCUGUUGUUCUACCACUUCUUCUCUGUCGCACUGCUCUCGAUAUGGCUAGUCCUCUCGGAAUCGCCUUUGUACACAAUGCCUCUGACUCUAAUAUCGAGUGUCAGCAUACUCUAUAAGGCUUGUGUGGUGCUGUCUCCAUUCGUUCUUUCGGAGCUCAAAAACUAG